AUGCUAGUGUGCAAAAGGCCAGUCACUCGCCCGGAAGACCCUCCCUUUCUGCUUCAGCGUCCUGACUGCGCUUGCGAUAUACGCGGACUACGACAGAAAUCUCAAGUGCCAGACAUAGUGGCCAAGGCACUCGCCGAAGAAGCCAUCGUCGGGAAGCAUGGAAACGCAUUGCAGAUAUACACCGAUGGGUCCACCAACCUUGUUUCCGGAAGCAGCACUGGAGCAUUCUGGUGCCCUGCAAUGGCGCUCUCCUGGGGCGGCCGCAUCGACAGUCAAGUUUCCUCAAAACUGGUUGAACUCGUCGGCAUCCAGCGAGCCUUGGAGUCUCGGUCCAGCCUCACAGCACAGCGUCUGGUUGCGCUGACUGACUCGAAAUGCGCACUGCAACGUAUCAAAAAUCCUCGGGCCGACGACCCCAUUUCACGAUCAAUCCUGGAAUCCUGGAGGCAGCUUGAGUGCGACGGUUUUGCUGUGGGAUUCCAGUGGAUUCCUUCACACGUGGGAAUCCCGGGGAACCAGGAAGCGGACCGCAUCGCCAACAGCUGCCAUAAUCUUUCCCCGGAGAUCCCUACACCCCACGAUCCGGAACACAACAGGUAG